ACGGUUAAUUUCAGCUUGUUGUGUUGUUUUCAAUCAGCGAAUAGAAUCUCUAAAGCUCCGGUCCCCCCUCAUCAACAAGCGAAGACCGCUGCUGAGCCGACCUAAGAUCUUAACCGAAACAAGGAGAACCCAAUUUCAUCACAAUGGGCAAGGAUUACUACAAGAUUCUGGGCAUAGAGAGAAAUGCCUCCGGUGAAGACGUGAAGAAGGGCUACCGGCGAAUGGCGCUCCGUUACCAUCCCGACAAGAACGACCAUCCGCAGGCCGAGGAGCAAUUCAAGGAGGUGGUGGCCGCCUUCGAAGUCCUCUCAGACAAGGAAAAGCGACAGAUAUACGACCAGUUCGGUGAAGAGGGCCUGCGAAUCGGUGACGAGCCAACGACCUUUGCCCAGCCCACGUCCGACAUGCUACCCUUUAUGUGCGCCGUCGGGGGAACCGUGCUCUUCGCCUUUGCCGCCUACAAAACCUUCCAGUUCUUCACGCGGAAAAAGGAGCCGGCCACUAACAGCGAUGGUUCGGGAUCGGACUGAGUUUAGACUUGCUUAUCUUGGCAUCCACAGACUUUGUGAAAGAAUCUUUUAAGAAAAAUCGCUGUAAUAGGUUUAAGAUUCA